CUGACUUGUAAUCAGCACAUACCACAAAAAGGAUCCAUAAUCAAAUCUGACCGAAACCUCCCACUGCUGCGACACCUUUACAUUAGUGCACAAGUCUCGCAGUUUUCAGAAUUUAUGCACUCGUGAUAAGCCGUGCAAAAAUGCUUACCUCGCUUUUCAGGAAGCAUCUGGAGUCAGCACAGACAUGCCAGAGCUCGUCAAAACGUUGCUUCAGCCACUCAGGAGUUCUCACCACAAAAAGAAAAAGAAGAGUAAAGGUUCUGCAACUGCUCCAGAACAUACAGAGAAACCUCUAUCAAUGAGUCCUGACACCUCACCGGUUUCCCUGCUGUCCCAUCCAGACCCAGGUCCAGAUCAAGACCACCUUCCCAACUUUGGAGUGUUCGGUGAAAAAAACAGAGAACUGUGCACUGUUAGGAGCCAGAAAACCAAAAAGUGCCACAAGGAUUCACAGUUYCCACCGACUGCAACUCCUAAAACCAGCAGAAAUGGAUCUCCAGCUCCGGGGACCAAGCUCAGCAACCAGGACAAUGAGAGUCUGAGGUGGGAAGGAGAGCUGCAGGACCCCCAGGAGGAGGCAAAGAGGCUGGAGAUUUACAGGGCUAACAGGCGAAAGCGUUACAUCGCACWCAGAGAGGCUUUGUCAAAGGAAACCCAGUAUGCCUUGAGACAGACCUUUCUUUAAAAGUGUUGACAGGAAAACACUGUUUUCAUCAAGAAACAGUCACUGUUGCAUCUGUCAUCUAAAAGAUAAAAUGUUCACAAAUAAAACUGGAUCAUAGUGGUUCAGCUGAUCUGGACUUGUUUAAUUUAAACCAGAUUUAGUCACGGCUGCUGACAGCAUCAUUAAGGGGAAACAGAAGUACUAAAAUAAAUGUGGGUGAAACAGUACCAGCUUUGGCCAGCAGAGGGCAGAGUGAAACUGUGAGUGAAUCAGAUGACGUAACACUGACACAACCCAUUUUGUUACCUGGCUAUCUGAACAGACAGUGAAUACUGGGAUGAGAAUUACCCAAAAAGAAGGAAGACAAGUGAUGAAAAAUGUCAACUGAAUGACUUGUUCACUCUGUGAUAAAAAAGACUAAUUAUAA